AUGGCGCCAGAGGAGGAUGGCGCGGCAGCGGGCACCGUGCUCCUGGCUGAGUGCAAGGCAGAGGCUAAGUUAAUACUGUACCACUGGACCCACUCGUUCUGCUCCCAAAAGGUGCGCUUAGUAAUUGCUGAAAAAGCAUUGAAGUGUGAAGAACACGAUGUAAGUUUACCCCUGAGUGAACACAAUGAACCUUGGUUUAUGCGUUUAAACUCAUCUGGAGAAGUGCCUGUCCUUAUCCAUGGGGAAAAUAUUAUUUGUGAGGCCACACAGAUUAUUGAUUAUCUUGAAGAGACAUUCGUGGAUGAGAAGACACCAAGAUUAAUGCCAGAAGAAGGAAGCAUGUAUUACCCAAGGGUGCAACACUAUAGAGAGCUCUUAGACUCCUUGCCUAUGGAUGCCUACACACAUGGCUGCAUUUUACACCCAGAAUUAACAGUGGAUUCCAUGAUUCCAGCUUAUGCGACAACUAGAAUUCGCAGCCAGAUAGGUAACACAGAAUCUGAACUAAAGAAGCUUGCCAAAGAAAAUCCAGACCUCCAAGAUGCUUAUAUAGCAAAACAGAAGCGCCUUAAAUCUAAGCUGCUGGACCAUGAUAAUAUAAAGUACCUGAAGAAAAUACUUGAUGAAUUGGAAAAAGUUUUGGACCAGGUUGAGACUGAGUUACAAAGGAGAAAUGAAGAAACACCAGAAGAUGGACAGCAGCCUUGGCUGUGUGGCGAAUUCUUUAGUUUGGCAGAUGUAUCGCUUGCUGUUACAUUACAUCGCCUGAAGUUUCUGGGGUUUGCAAGAAGAAACUGGGGAAAUGGAAAACGACCCAACUUGGAAGCCUAUUAUGAACGUGUCUUGAAGAGAAAAACAUUUAACAAAGUUUUAGGACAUGUCAACAACAUAUUAAUCUCAGCAGUUCUGCCAACUGCGUUCCGGGUGGCCAAGAAAAGGGCACCAAGAGUUCUUGGCACAACCAUGUUGGUUGGCUUGCUAGCAGGAAUGGGUUAUUUUGCUUUCACUUGUCUUCGAAAGAGAUUUGUCAAUAUGAUGUUAUCAAUUAGAACAAGACAACCUUAUUUUUAG